CAUCGUCUCGGCGCCACAGUCUUUCUCUCCGUAUGUACGGAGCCGGCUGAGCCUGAUCGUUCAGCACGUACUUUCCUCCCUUUCCUUUUUAACGUGCACGUCUACUCUAUUUCGACACGCUUCUUUUACAAUGGUACUUGCCGACACGAAUUUGACAAAUCUUCUUCACGAGCAGCAACAGCAGCAGCAGCAACGGCAACAGGAGCAGCAACAAUGCCAACGUAAAUGUUAUUACGAAGGUAAUAGACAAUUUCCAUUAGAACGGGAGAGUCGGCAAUGCAAGUCCACGGAAAAUGGGAAUUCCGAGGAGAUAACGGUGACGAAUGUGGCGGAUGGAGAGAGCUUGUGUUACAGUUUAGCUCUGAUACGAGGUCACGCCUCGAUGGCAUACAGCUUCAUCACCGUGCGAAAUGAAAAGAACCAAAGCUCCGAGUGGCCGAUCGUCUCCGGUGAAUUUCGUGCGAUAGUAGAAUUGUCACGAGGCCCGAACAAGUUGGAGCUAGAAGUGGCAGGUCAGAAAAAGGGACUAGUUCUAAUUUACGAGCCGAGAACGACAAGACUACGCGUGACGCCCGUCUACGUGAUCUGCGCCGGACACGACGGUUACUUCCAAGGUCCACGAAGGGAGGAUCGGUCGCCGGAAAGUGCCGCGACAAGGAUAGGUCUCGGUGCCCGACUCUUGCAGACCCUCACCGCCGAGAAGUUGAGGGAGGCGGGUUACGGAAGGAAAACGUUUCAACUGGAACGAGAUUUGGACGGUGCGGAAUGUUUGGUAAUGCACAGCAUGCUCGAUGUCGAUCGAGCCCGUGCGAUGAAUCAGCGGGAACUUUGGGAAUUGAUCGCACGAGAAUUGAUGACCGGCCCACUGGCAUCGAAAGAUCGCAAGUAUCUCGCAUUUCUUUCCUGCACCAGAUAUCGAGGCGCUCCGAAUCCACGCACUCACGAAGACACCCUCGCGAGGACGCAAGGACACGCCGCGCUCGGCGGAGGCGGAUUAGCGUUGUUCGGUUCGGCUUGUCUUCACACAUGGCCUACCUGCAUGGCGCAAGUACUGCCCAGAUUCCUCGAUGCCACGGUCAUCGAUACGGAACAACUGAUGGACGAUAGUAAUUAUCGUGGUACUCACGGCGGAUGCCUCGCCACGACUCUUGGCUCGGUUCUCCACGAGCUGGGGCACACUUUUGAUCUCGGCCAUACUCGCGAAGGCAUAAUGGGCCGCGGAUUCGAUUACGUCGAUCGUGUCUUUGUCGGAGCGGCUGGGAUCGAUUUCAAUCGCAACCCCGUUUUACGAAGAGAUCCUCAGCACACGACAAUCGCACUAAGCAGACCGCUCAGCGUGACGGUCACGAUACAAGAACCAUAUGCCAUGUUAGCGAGUCCUCGAAGAAAUCGCCUUCUUUCUGAAUCGUCUCGUCCUUCGUCUUCUCAGAGUCCUUCGCGAUUGCUCGCAGGCAGACUGUCCGCACCUGCUAGUCCAGAGCUAAACAGAUCCUUCUCUAAGAGUCUCAUGCAACCUGCAACGGAACAAACUCCUUCCAACCUGCAAACUGAUCGUACAUUUUGGUCACCGUCUUGCGCUGCGUUUCUUGCUUAUCAUCGAUGGUUCAACAGCGAAAUGGACAACGUUUAUAACAGACCUUUCCAUGACAUCGACUACGAUGGGAAGAGGAACGUCGUAAGAUCACGUUUCGGAGUACGAGUAAUAGAGCUUAGAGAAACAUCUGGUGGAAUGGUAGUCGGUUCUCGACAAUUUCCAGGCUCUCGACCACCUCUGGAAGCGUUAGUUCCACCAGCUCCGCCUCACUGUCUUACCGCGCUGACUCUCGUCGCUGAAGAUUCGACUGGCAAUGUUCUGAAAUAUCCACUUCCAACGGCGUUUUAAAGUAUCUAAGGUCACUGUCACUCUGCCACGAUUUUAUACCUUAAAAACGGGAACAUAGCCAACACCAAAAUUGAUGCCAAUGAAUCAACGUCCUGUUUUUUUGUAAUUUUCGCAUAGCGAGUAAGCGAUACGAUUAAUGAUAAUGCUUAAUAACGCUAAUUUGAACAAACUUCAAGCUCAACAUGUAUUUGCUUUCUAAUUAUCAAUGUUUCCUAUAAGCUUGUUUCUCUAAUACACUAUAUAUAUUUGAAGAGACAUUUUUCCCAGUUUUAUCGGUUUUUGUGGAAACCGUAACUGCUUUCCGUAUUGAACUUUGAGAAAAAUUUAUUGUCCUGUGUAUACUAUUUCUAACAAAAUAAAAUCAUAAAGAAAUACAGGAGAAAGAGAGAGAGAGAGAGAGAGAGAGAGAGAAAUGUAUGUAUGUUUAAAUGAGAAUUUUCAUACGAUGCUACUAAUACUUCGUUUCAUUAAAUUCUCUAACACCUUUUGUAAAUACCAUUCCAAAUAUAAAUUUUUGUAGCAACUAUUCAUACAUUGUAUUUGAUAAAAAAAAUAUAUUGUACUAAUAUUUAUAUGUACGAAUGUAUGAACGAAUGUAUACAAUUACAAUACGGAAAGGAUGAAUAUAAAAACUAGAAUCUCAAUUUCUUAUUACCGAAAAUGCGAUAAAAUUGUGAAAUUUAUAGGUAUGUAUAGUAUAAUAAUUACGAAUUUAGUUUGAUAUAACAUUUUCAACUGAGAAAUAACAUUAAUAACCGACAUAUUCUACAAACUUCAAGUUACACGAUAGUAACUAGGAUGCCUUAUUGACGAUAAUAAUUUGUAGAUAUAACUAGUAUCAAAAUGCGAGACAACUAAUAAAAUUGUGAAAAUAAUUUUACCAGA